AUGUUACGUGUUCGAGCACUGGGCUAUGAAACGCUCAGAAGGAACUCUACGGCUCCAAUAAUCAAAAAGAUUAACAGAGUUUUGAUAGCCAACAGAGGAGAGAUUGCUAUUCGAGUUAUGAAAACUUCGCAGCGCAUGGGAAUUGAAACUGUAGCAGUAUUCUCUGAUGCAGAUAGAAAUGCCCUUUUCGUGAAGAAAGCGGAUAGAGCAUAUAACAUUGGUCCAGCUCAAUCUUCUCAAAGUUACCUCAAUAUUGAUAGAGUAAUCGAUACUGCAAUUAAGUCUGGUGCACAGGCUAUUCAUCCUGGUUAUGGUUUUCUCUCCGAAAACUCAGCUUUUGCUGAAGCUUGUAGAGCGAAUGAUCUAGUUUUCAUUGGACCUCCAGUUCAAGCAAUCAAAGACAUGGGAACUAAAAGUUUAGCCAAGCAGAUUAUGCAAGACGCUAAAGUUCCUGUAGUUGAAGGAUUUCAUGGAAGCGACCAAUCUGAUGCAAAUUUGAAAAUUCAUUCAGCAAAAAUAGGAUAUCCUGUCAUGUUGAAAGCUGUUUAUGGAGGGGGAGGAAAAGGAAUGCGUAUUGCUUGGAAUGAGGCCGAGUUUGAUGAAAAACUUGCUUCUGCGCGAAAUGAAGCCAUGAAAUCGUUUGGCAACGAUGAAAUGCUAGUUGAGAAAUUUGUAGAAAGACCAAGACAUAUUGAAGUUCAAGUUUUCGGUGAUCAUCAUGGAAACUACGUACAUCUUUGGGAGCGAGAUUGUUCUGUACAAAGAAGACAUCAGAAGAUCAUAGAAGAAGCCCCAGCUCCUCUUAUCAAUAUGGAAACAAGACAAAGAUUAGGCGAAUCAGCGAAAAGAGCUGCUGCUGCCGUGAGAUAUGUUGGCGCUGGAACUGUAGAGUUUAUCAUGGAUCCUAGAGGGGAUUUCUAUUUUAUGGAAAUGAACACGAGGCUUCAAGUUGAACAUCCUGUUACAGAGGCUAUAACAGGAACUGAUUUGGUUGAAUGGCAGUUACGUGUGGCUCAAGGAGAACCGCUUCCGCUCAAGCAAGAAGAAAUCCCUCUGAAUGGUCAUGCUUUUGAAUGCAGAGUGUAUGCAGAAGACACAAGCAACGGUGCUUUCAUGCCAACUGCUGGUAAAAUUAACCAUAUAUCGUUCCCUGAGAAUGCAAGAAUCGACACUGGUGUUGUCUCAGGAGAUGAAGUUUCUGUUCACUAUGACCCUAUGAUUGCUAAGGUUAUUGUUUGGGGACAGAACCGAGAAGUUGCCGCCGCCAAGUUGGACGAUGCUCUCAAAAAAUCUUUGAUAAGCGGAUUACCAACAAAUAUUGAUUUUGUGAGGACCGUUCUGAACCAUCAAGAGUUCAAGAAGGGUAAUGUAUAUACAGAUUUCAUUCCCGAUUUCCAUACGGAGUUGUUCACCCCUGUAAAUGUGAAAACCGAAGUUGUGAUUGAAAGAGCUUUAGGAAAAGUACUUCUGGAUAGGCUGCGUUCAGCAGAUUCACUCUAUGAACGAUUGUCUGAGUUUCGUGUCAACCAUAGUUUUGAAGAAAGCAUUCCGUUCGAAUCUUCUAAAGUCAAUGUAAUAUCUAAGGGUAAUAAUAAUUUCGUAGUUUCUGAUAACGGAGCCAGCUAUGCUUGUUCUGUUAGUAAUAUUAAUAAUAAGGAAAACACAAUCAGUUUCACCAUUGAGUGGGAAGGUAAACGAUGGAAUGUGUUUGCUCUACAGUUGCAGAACUCAGCUAUGAUUAUUGGGGAGGAACAGUCCGAGUUUACUACUGCGGAAAAAGACUUUAUGGCUGCGUUAGAAGGAGAGCAGGGUGGUAACACCAGUGCAGUUGCUCCGAUGCCUGGAAUCAUUGAAAAGGUUUUGGUCAAAGAAGGUGAUACUGUCAAGCAAGGGGAAUCACUUGUGGUGAUGACAGCCAUGAAGAUGGAAUAUAUCAUCAAAGCUCCAAAAGAUUGUACCAUAGAAGCAAUAUCGUGCUUACCCGGAAAGAGUGUAGCUAAAAAUUCUGUUUUGGUCAAGUUCCAAAGCUCGUGA